CAUGGCGGAAGUCAGGGGAAAAAUAAAAACAAUCUUCCCCAAAAUCGGAAAAUGUUGUUAAAAAUAUAAAUAACAUUUGUAAAUUUUUUGUCAAGUGUACAAAUAGGUAAUUUAAAGGUAUGCCUCGUUAUGGAAGUGAUACUGACAGCUCUUCAAGAAGCCGAUCAAGAAAAAAGAGGUCCAAAAAAAGCAACCGGAAAAGUUCCUCAUCAUCUGACAGAGAAAGAUCCAAAAGAUUUUCUCGCAAGUCUCAUUCUCGGGAGCGUAGAUUGAACAGCAGCUCAAUAUCCCGUAGCAGAUCUCGGUCAAAAGAGAGACGCGGUAGGCGUUCUCUCUCAAGAGAUAGAAAGACUCGUGCUGGUUCAUAUUCUAAAGAUCGAAAGGUUAAGAGCAGAUCUCGUUCCAGGGAUCGAAGGUCUAGGAGUAGAUCAAAGUCUUGGGAUCGUUCCCAUAAGAGUAGGACUCAUUACAAAAAUCACCGAGGUCGUAGCCGAUCUCGAGACAAAGAUCAUAAAUCAUCUCAUAGAACUAAGCACAGAUCUAUCUCUAGGGAUGUGAAAUCAUUUAGCAGGUCUCCAUCACAUUAUCGGAAAUCAUUUAGUCGGUCUCGUUCUCGAGAUCGAAAGUCCAGGAGUCGUUCUCUUUCCAAAAGCAAAAGGUCACGGAGCAGAUCUCGUGACCGGCGUAAAAACAUUGGAAAAAAAUAUGGGCAUCAAUCCAGCCAUAAGGGAAAGCGAACUAAUUCACGCUCCCCUGCCAAAAGAAGCCAUCGAUCCCAUUCCAGUUCUCCUAGUGAUUCAUACAGUCUUGGGUCUAAGCACUCAAGGAGGAAUUCUCGCUCCAAGUCAUCUUCCCCUCGAAGGUUAAAACAGAGUAGAAGUAAUGGAUCAAAAGGAAAAAAUGAUAAUGAAGAUGCCCUCAAAGUUAAACUUCAGGCUGCUUUUAAAGCUGCAGCUAAUGCUGAUGCUGUUCUUAGAGAAAAAGGUCUCUUGUCUGAAGAUUUGAAAUCAGUAUCUGAAUCUGUGGUGGAGCUUACCAUAGACCAGCAAGUUAAAAGAGCCCAAGCUAUACAAGAUAUUAAUGCAACAUCUUUUGUGCAACAAGAUUUCAAGUCCAGUCGAACAUGGGGAAAAAAUAAACUAGAGGCUCCUAAAGAAGGAUCUGCUAAUGGUGUUGAUUCUGAAGUUGAUUUGAAAUUAAUUUUAGAUGAAAGUUGGAAAAAUAAUCCUGAAAAACUAGUACAUCCUCAGCUGUCCGAAGAUUUGGAUAAGAAAAAUGAAAAAUGGCGAGAAAAACUUGCUGAAUUAAGAAAAAGACUUGUAGAACCAUGAUGAUAUCAUUUGCCGUGCAUUCUUUGUAACAUAGUGUAAUGAAAUAAAAAUUAAAUGUGUUUCAGUGAUUUUAAAAUUUAAUUUUCUUUUCAAUUCUGAACA